AUGCACGAUGUAAUGAGAUUUGGAGUGAAGGGUAAGCUAGCCCUGAGGUAUGUUAGAGUUUUUGAGGUUAUAGAAAGGGUUGGGGAGAUCACUUAUCGAUUAAACUUACCAGUGCAGUUGGGACAUGUUCAUAAUGUGUUCAAAGUGUCAAUGCUAAGAAAGUAUGCUCCAGAUUUAUCGCAUGUGAUUGAGUAUGAGAAUAUUCCUAUUCAAGAAGAUGUAAGCUAUGAAGAAAAAUCUAUCAGAAUCUUGGCGACAGAGUUAAAAGUGUUAAGGAACAGAGAGAUGCUAGUAGUGAAGAUCGUAUGGUAG